ACCGCCGCCGCCGCCGUCCACCUGUGCAUCAGUGUCGGGGGAACCCUGGGAGAAGGAGGACGUGCGCGCGCGCUCUCCGUAUCCCCCCCCCUCUUUUUUUUUAGAAGGACAUACUUUAAUUGGCUGAGGAAACUAUACCAAAAAUAAAACAAUGGGAAACUGCUUUAAUCUCUCCGCCACGCGAGUGAAUGAGAGAAAGAAGAAGCUUGUGAAGAAGAAAUGAAAGAAAGAAAAUUGUAAAGAAAGAAAGAAAAGAAAGAAAUGAAACUAAGAAAAACUGAAAUCCUGAGAAAAAAGAAAAGAGGGGGAUGAAAGAAAGGAAGGAAAGUGAUAGAAGAAAGAAAAGGAAAAAGGCGAUGAAGUAGAAUAAAGAGAAAGAAAGGAGAGAGUGAAAGAAGGAAGAGAGAAAGAAAGGAGAAAGGAGAGUAACAAAAGGGAAAGGAAGAAAGGAAAGAAUGUGAUAAAAGGAGGAAAAGAGAUAGAAAGAAAAAUAACAAAAGAAGGAAGAAAGGAAAGAAGAAAAAGGAAAAAGGAGAAAGAAAACAAAGUAAAAACAAGAAAAAAAGAAAGGAAGGAAAUACACUGAAAAAAAAAGAGAAAGGAAAGAGUUAAAAAAAGAAGGAAAAAAAGGAAAAGAAAACAGAGAAAGGAAAUAAAGUGAAUAAAGAAGAAAAAUUAAGGCAAAAAAGCAAAAAAUAAUCUCUCAAAUUCUUGCUAAUGAUGAUGAUGAUGAUGAUAAAAAAAAUCAUCACUCAGCAAGAAUAUGAUGAAGAUUUUUAAGCAUUGAAAAGCAGGUGCGAAUUUUACCUGUCCUCGCCUCCUCCUCUUCCUCACCUCCUCCUCCUCCUCCUCCUCCUCCUCGUCAUCGUGAUAUAUAAUGACUAAUGAUUCUGGGCACUACUAAAACAGCCACGACGGAACGAAAGAAGAAAGAAAAUGGUGGAGAAGGAAAACGGAACAGGCGCCGGAGGGGGAAGGUGACGGCGGCGGCGGCGGCGUAGAGAGAGAGAGAGAGAGAGAGAGAGAGAGAGAGAUGGAUUCAGUCAAGGUGGUCACCGCACACAAGCUGUCCAUGUUGGUUCGAAGUGAAAAGGCCCUCAUCAUCGACAGCCGCACCUUCUGUGAGUACAACACGGCGCACAUUCUGAACUCCGUCAACGUCUGGUCCUCCAAAAUCCGCAAGAAGAGACUGCAGCAGGAUUCGAUCUCGGUGCACGACUACCUGGCCCAGGCGUGUCAUGUGAGCGAGGUGCCGGCCGGCGUGGAGAUCAUCGUGUACGACCACAGCGCGCCGUGCCUCACCGCCGUGCCGCAGGACUCCUUCCUACACGUGCUGCUGACGAAGCUUGGGCGUGCCUUCCCCAAUGUCUACCUACUGGCCGGCGGGUUCCUCGAGUUCCAGGCGCGCUACCCGGAGCUCUGCGAGGACUCGAGUCAGAAGGCCACGCCCCUCACCACGCAGUCCCAGCCAUGCAUGCCCGUGGCCAACCUGGGACCCACGCGUAUCCUGCCUUUCCUCUACCUCGGCUCGCAGAACGACGCCAACAACAAACAGCUGCUGCAGGACUACAACAUUCUCUACGAGCUGAACGUGAGUGUGUCUUGCCCCAAGCCGGAGUUCGUACAAGAGUCACACUUCAUGCGCAUCCCGGUCAACGACAACUUCAGCGAGAAACUCCUCCCCUACUUCAAUGAUGCCUUCAACUUCAUCGACAAGGUGCGUGAGGGCGGGAACUGCGUGUUGGUGCAUUGCUUGGCGGGCAUCUCACGCUCCGCCACUGUUGCCAUCGCCUACGUCAUGAAGCACCUCAGUCUGCCCUUCGAGGAGGCCUAUAUGUACGUCAAGAGCCGGCGGCCGACCAUCUCCCCGAACAUCAACUUCGUGGGCCAGUUGGCGGAGCUGGACCGCCAGCUGCGGCGCGACCCCGGCGGCCCCCGCGACCCAGCCUCGGCCCCCAUACUGCUGCGGACCCCCCUCACCCCCGCCACGCCCCCUGACCGCCCCCCAGUGGCCCCCCUGCCCAAGUCCCUGAGCCUCAACCUCCGCCACACCCUGGAGGCGGUGCCCGGCUCGCCCUCCCCGCCCCCCUCCGCCCCCCGCUCCCCCCCGGACCUGUCCCCCUCCACGGCCCUGGCGCGCCUCACCUUCCCGCCCCCGUCCACGCCCCCGAGGUCGCCCCGCUCGCCCGUGUUCUCCGUGCGGCGGGGCUGCGGCUCCCCCUCCACGCCCUCGCCGUCCUCCCACUGCCCCUUCUUCCGGGGCAGACUGGCCCCCACGCUCGGUGGCAAGGGGGAGGAGGCCAAGGCCAGGGAGGGGGGUGACCGCUCCCCCGAGGCACCCCUGGGUAAACUCGAGGCCCCCGCAAGCCCUGUCAGCCCCGCCCCGCCCCCCGCCGCCCCCAGGACGACGCGCCAGGUGUCGGUGUGCGUCAUCGAGGUGCAGGGGGGCGACGUGCCCGUGCGGUACGUGCGCGGCGAGCCCCUGGUGGUACGGGAGACCGCCGUGGAGGCCACACCCGUCGUGCCGCCCCCCGCCCGCUGCCUGUUGACCGUGGACCUGACGCCCGCGGCCCCGCCGCCAGGCACCGCCGCCACGCCCACCACCACCACGCCCACGCCGGGCACCCUCACGCCCUCCUCGCCCCUCACGCCCAUCACGCCCGGCAGCACUCCCACGCCCACACACACGCCCGUCCCCGCCCGGCCCCGCGAGGUGAUCGUGCCCAUCAGGCGGGAGGUGCCGCUGCCCGCCGCUGCCGCGCCCCGCCCCACCCCCGCCACCCCGCCCAAGGGGGGCGUGUGGACGCCGGACACCCCCGCCGAGGCCGCCGUGGCCGGCCCCGCCCCGCCCCGCCCCGGGUCCCCGCCGCCCCGCGAGGUCCAGCAAAGCGACUCGGGCAUCCUGGUUACGGGCAUGCCGGGGCCGGGGUCGUGCGGCGUGCCCCGCCCCGCCCCGCGCCUGCCCCGCUGCCACUCGUCCUCGGAGACGCACCUCUCGGCGCGGCGCCUGCUGGAGCACCGCCCGCCGGACUUCUCCACGCGGAAGUGUUCCAGCUACGACGAGGUGGGCCGCGCCUGGCCGCUGGGCCCCGCCCCGCCGCCCGCCGCCGGCCCCGCCGCGCCCCGCCCCUGGGAGCUGGCCCGCAGCGACAGCGUCUCCACCAGCGGCUUCGGCUCGGAGAUCAGCGACUCGGACUUCCUGGGCGAGGACGGCCCCGCGCCCCCCGACGACCCCCUGGGGCCCUACCAGGCCGUGUUCGCCGACGUGUUCCCCGGCGAGACCCCGCCGCCCGCCCCGCCCCGCCGCCACGGCCCGCCCACCACGCCCACCACCGGCGGCAGCCCCGCCCCACCCCGCGCCCCGCGCCGCCCCGCCAGCCUGCCGGGCGUCACCGGCACCUACUUCACACACCUGCAGAAUGACUCCAGCCUCGACAUGGGGGUGGAGCUGGACAGGGACGAGGACGAGGACGAUGAAGACGAUGAGGAGGAGGAGGAGAGGGGGGAGGUGGAGAUGCGGCGAGGGGGGAGGAGAGGAAGGCGUGGAGUGGAGAAGAAGGACUCUGGUUACUAUUCCUUCCUGACCGAGCACCCGCCUGUGAGCCCGAAGACCAUGGGGGAGGGAGUCCGCCAUACCACAAAUUUGCCGUGGCGGAGAGAAAGACCAAAGAAUCUUCAGCUAAACUCAACCACCACCACCACCAUCAACAACAACAGGAAUAACAAAAACAACAACAACAACACUCCGACUCCCACCCCUACCACCCCGCCCCCUCCUCUCACCCCUCCACCUUCAUCAUCAUCCUCCUCCACUUCAUCCUUUUUCUCCUCCUCUUCCUCCUCCUCCUCCUCUUCCUCCUCCUCCUCGGAGAAGCGUAUGACUCCAGAGAAGAGGAAGAGUAGAGGCGUGAGUGUGGAGGAGAAGGAGGAGAAGAGGAGGAGCUGUGAGAUGGAGGGAGGAGGUGGAGGAGGAGGAGGGUGGACGCCUCCUACUCGCACCUCCAUAACCUUAGGGACAGGAGCCGUGAGGGCGGCGCGCCAGCUGGUGGCGGGUGUGGAGCAGCUGCUGGACGCCGAGAUGGCAGACUUGCGGCGCCGCACGGCCGCGGCGUCCUCCCGCAUCCGACUCCUGGGGCGGAGUGACGACCCGCCCCGCCACACAGCCCACCCCGCCCCUGCCCCACCCACCACCACCCCCGGCCCAGAGCGUGACACCCACACCAGGCUGAUUCGGCCACCCCGUGGGGGUGUAGGGGCCGCACGACCCGCCCCAGGGGAGGCCGGCCGUGCCCGCAGUGAACCGCCGCUGCCCGCCGAGGAGGGCCUGUACCGUGCCCGCUCCUGCCCGGGUUUGCCACGCCCCGCAGGGCCACGCGAGGCUGAGGCGGGGCCGCCCUCUGAUGCCCAGCUGGUGCGGCUGCGCGGCCCACGCGGGGAGGCACCCCGCCCCCCGCCCCUCAACAGGUACUCCUGUGGUGCCCUGGACGGUGCGCCGCCGCCCGCCGCGGCCGCCAUCGCCGCCACCUUUGAGUCCUGCCCAGACUUCAGCAGCCUGCGCCAGUGUGUGCGGCGCGGCGACUCACGACACUCCUCCUCCUCCUCCCUCUCCUCCACCCACUCCUUCACCAGGCUGCUGCAGGUGUCCUGAGGUGCUGCCCACACCUCCACCACCACUAUCACCAUCACCACCACCACCACCACUGCCUGGCCCCGGUGUGUGUGGCACCACCACCAGCGGGUGUACGUUACCACGCUGCCUCCACCACUGCUGCCCAGCCCCGGCCUGUACAUACGUAGGAAUAUUUGAUGACUUAAAUUAUUCACCGGGAAGGACUGAGCCUGCGGCCGUGACCUGCACUGUACAUAGUGAAGAGGCGGCACACACACACACACACACACACACACACACACACACAUGAGGGUUAAGUUUCAUGUACUUAAGUUAACCUUGAGAUGCAGGGAAACAGUCAGUCAUUCACACACACACACACACACACACACACACACACACACGAGUAAUUAUUCACUUUCAUCUACACACCUGGUUCUUGUUACCUGUGUGCGUGUGUGUGUAUAAAUAUGUGUGUGUGUGUGUGUGUGUGUGUGUAGGUGACAAUAAACGAUGAGUGAUAUUUUCUCAUAACUGUUAAGCACUUACCUUCCACACACACACACACACACACACACACACACACACUUAACAAUACGCCUUCUACUACUUGGUGAUGUGUUUAAUACUGUGAAAUAAGUAAGUAUGAUGUGUAUUUGUCAAUAUACAUAUAAUAUUUAUGAUAACUAUUUAUAUGGGAAAGGCGAAGAAGCAAGGAUGGACGUGUGUGAAAAGGCAGAGUAAUUAGUGUUAUUAUUAUUAUUAUUUUUAUUAUUAUUAUUGAUUUAUAUAGUAGAUGGAAACAUUGACUUUAUUUUCAUGUGUGUGUUUACUUUACUUCUUUAUGUCUAACUAAUGUGGAGUGAAUGGAAGUGUGUUAAGGAGAUGUUGUCGUCAUUGAAGAAAAAAGGUUGAAGAAGAUGAAGAAGAAGGAAACAAAGACAAAGAUGAAAGGAAGAAAGGUUGAGAGAAUGACCAAGAAGAAGAAGAAGGAAGAGAAGAAAAAAGGUUGAAGAAGAUGAAGAAAAGGUGAAGGAGGAAAAGAAGAGAAGAGAAGUAGGAUGAACAAGAAGGAAAUGAAGAAAAAGAUGAAGAAAGGAAGAAAGGUUGAAAGAAUGACCAAGAAGAAGAAAAAGUAGAAAGAAGAAGGAAUAGAAGAAAAAAGGUUGAAGAAGAAGGAAAAGAAGAAGGAACAGAAAUAUUGGAUGAUUGAGAGGAAUAAAAAAAAAAUUGAAAAAGAUUAAGAAAACAAAACCGCAAAAUUUAAGGUGAACAAAAAGAAAAGGAGAAAAAAAAAGGAAGAAA